AGUUCAUCGGACUAGUUCUCGUGUUGAAAGAGUCCGCGAAACAUCAAUACAAAAAACUUCGCUUCACAAUUAUCUCCGCAGUAAUCUAUUUUUUUUUCUUUUGCGCCAACAGUAAAGAAAACAAGUUCGCAAUAGUGACAGUGCUUUCCCUAAUCUGACACUUUAUCUCGAUUAAUAACUAUCGAUUCCUCUAUUGAUUUGGGAAUCCCACUAACAAUUACCUUUAGAAUCAUUUAUCGCAGGUAGUAGAUAAAGAUUUAAAAGUGUUAAAUUUGAAAAACUGGUGAUUAAAAGUUCGGAUAUUAUCCUGAAAAUGGAAAAAUAAUUUCCAUUUUUUGGAAAAAAAUAAACAAAUUGAACUUUAAAAAAAAGUCAAUGAAGUGCGUUGCUAUUUAUAUUGACGUGACGUUAACAAGAAAAGUGUUUUCUUCCCAAUUCAAAGACUGACAGCUUAUCUGCAAUCGAAACGAAACGCAUGCAAACAAGUGAACAUUGGAAGAAUAAUCGAAACUAUGUUUAAUUUAUGAUGACCUCCGUAUUGGAAUACCAUCGAAACUUUGACAAAGUUGGCUCAAGGUUUUCAGAAUGCGCCAGGCCACAACGGAACAACUUUGGAAUUUGGACAAUGCUUCAUUAAAAGGCAUCGACUACUCACUUAAAAGAAUAUCGCAGGAGAGUCAAAUUAAGGAAAUCAUGGCAAGAGUAAAAUUCCCUUAUGACGAGAUCGCUGAAUCAUAUUCAGAAGCUGAGAAUACCAAGUCAAAGGCAAAUUCUGAAAAGCCAAAAAUAGUUCUUUGUAAGAAUAACUCUAUUGAUUCUGAUGCAUCAACUAACGAUUCAACGAGUGAUGAUACACCAGAAUCAUCACAUUACUGUCCACCACCAACCUAUUCGAAUAGUUUCGGCGAUAUUAUUGAGCAAAUAAAAAAGUUGAGAUUCAUUCGAUCCUGCAGUAAAGUUGAAAAGAAAUUAUCAAAUUCAAGGGAGAAGUCAAAUUCAACGGAGUCGAUGGAUAAUAAUUCAAAAGACACUGAGCUAACAAAUGAUGAUGAUGAUGCUCUCAACUCAAAUUAUUGUAAACAAUAUUAUCAAGUAAACAUGUACAACGAUAAAAAAGAUAAAGACGACGAAGAGAGUUUGAAUACAACCGAUCUGGAUAAUCAAUCAGAUGAUGAAGGUGACGACGAUGGGAACCUCAUUGAGCGAGGACCUGUCAGGCCACAAUUGAAUGCAAUUCGAAGUAAACCCUACGACACAUUGGAUUGGCUACUACAAUCUGAUAACUAUCCACCCCACGAAUGUACCGAUAGACAACAAAGUGAAACUUCUGAUUAUGAAACAAGUAUCCAACAAUUAUUAACUGAUACGGAUUAUCGAGAGAGACUUGAUUCUUGUCUGGACCAAUUGUCAGAUUCUAAUAAAAAAUCUCCACUGUUCAAUGAAAAUUUGGAUCCAAACCAACGACAAAAGUUUUCCAAUGUCCAGCAAUCAAUGACGUACUCUUCGACGAAAACUCCUCCUGCAAUUUUUGUGAAUAAUCCAGAGGGGACUUCACUUUUGGAUAUUUUGGCUCGAGGAGGAUUUCAAGCAGCUCAAGUUUUCUCCGAUUGUGGAACUACAAAUGGUUCAUCGCCAGGAAUGAAUUCAGAAGCUUGGCCUGAUUCGCCUGCUAGUAGUUAUAAUGUUAUUUCUUCAAGACCAAACAGUCGUGCUUCGAGUAGAGCACAAUCACCAGGUUCUGCUGUGAUGCCCAUUAAUAUUGCAAGCAGUCCUGCUGGUUCAUCUCAGAUUUCUUUAAGUUUUCGAUCACCUCACGGAUUUUCUUCAUCGUCCUCAUCUAAUCAAUCCUACUGUGAAACGCCAAGUCCAGCGAAUUAUCAUUCACCGUUGGAUAGUCGAUCUGAAGAUCAUCUUGACGAGAGAUUUAAUAGAUUUGUCUCCUGGCAGGAGAGUAAUGAAUCUUCGGGAACAAUUGUCAAUACAGCGGAAUUAAUCGACGCGAUAGACAGCAAUGAACUUCAGUUAGUUGAGGAAGUUGUUUUAAAGGAAUUAAGCAGAAAAGGCUGUAAUUUGGAAGAAAUGCAGGUAGUUCCUAAUUCACAACUUGCCUUCAGAAAGUUCGAGUCUCCCGGAUCUGUACAAAGUCCAAGGGAUAAAGAAUCACGAUCUUCAUUGGAUUCUGAUCACAGAGCCGCAACUGAGAUAAAGAAUGAGAGAGCAGACAUGAACUUCUUCAGUGAUUCCUUGAACUUUGGAAGCACGGGCAGUAUCAUCAAUGAAGCUCAACAGAGUUUAGUGUAUCCAAAAAGUGGCGAUGGCUUUGAUUUGGUUUAUUCGGAAAAUCAGUCGCCCGUUGGUAGUUUUAGGGAAAAAAUGUCACCAGCUAACAAUUAUGUUGGUAAUUCAUCACCGAACAAUAGGUACAUUGACAAGUCAUCUCCAGUGAGUUUGGAAAUUGAUGCAACAAUUGAAAACAUUAUUGCCAAUUAUUCCAAAACGAAUAAUGGAGAAAGCACAAAUGACACUAUGAACUUUGACAUGAAUUUGUUUGAAUGUGCCAAAAGUACUUGUCCUACAUACAAUGUUUCAUCAACCGUCCAAAAUCACCAACAUAAUUUUAUUUCACAGCCACCAUCCACGUCUACAUUUAACGAGUUCCAAGUGCCUGAAGUUUUAAGAAAACAUUCGAGACGUCAUGUGGCGCCUUGGUCUUCUCUGAAUCUUCCUUCGACAAAAGCGUGUGAUAAAUUAAUUGAGGAAUUGAACCCCAAGGAUGUGGAAAGGGCCAUGGCCAGUCUAUUAAAGAAAACGUCAGAGGAAUUGGCGAAACCUGAUAAAGACGGCGAUACGAUGCUGAUGUGCCUAGCAGGUAAUCCAGAUGAAUUAAUGAAAAAGAAAGCUUAUUUGCUACCAUUGGUGGAAAGACUAAGUACCGUUCAAAGCGCAUUAUCUGUGAUGAACAAUCGUGGAGAGGAUGCUUUAUACUUGAUGGCAAUAAAUUGUCCACAAAUGGCGUAUGUUACGGGUUACUUGGCAGCUACAAUGCUUCAAAAGGGAAUUCACGUUGGACAGAAAUUAUAUCAACCUGGAGGUGAAACAUUGAUUCACGUUGUCGCGGCAAAAGGUGAUUCGCAUGAAGCUGUCCUCGCUGAACUUCUUUCGCUUAAAACAAUUCGUGGAAAUGCCGUUUUUAAUGUCUUGGCUCGAAACUACGAAGGAAAAACGGCUCUUCACUUGGCAGUGGAGUCUCAUGACCCUAUAGGUAGAGGCGUAAAUUCAAUUUCAACGGUGCGAUUGCUUUUGAAAAAUGGAGCAGAUCUUUUGAUUAAAGAAGCAGUCCGAGGAGAUACCGCCUUGCACUCUGCAGUAUUUUCAAAUUGCGAUCCCAUUCUAAUUAAGGCACUGUUGGAAAGAAAUAGCCAUAAAGACAAUUUAUAUAUGGGAAACUACAGUGAAAAUUCAUCAAUGCUCAUGUCGUCAAUGUGCAAUGGAGUUAAAUUGGAGAGAAAUAUAGAAGUCUGUAAACUCUUUUUGGAAAAUGGUCCAAAACCAACAAUUUCAAAUGGACACGCUCCUAUGGAAUAUUUACCCCCCGAUAGAAAAAAUUCUAUUAAACCUGUAUUCCACUGUCGAAGUAAAAUACACUAGAAAUGUCAAGAUCUCAAGGAAAACAAAACAAAAAUUUUCUUAAUUAAGGUUGUGAAUGUUUGUUUUUUUAUACGCAUAUAGUAUAUAUAUGUAUACUGCACUUGGCUCGAAUAAUAUUUCUACUUCUAUUUAAACUAUUUUUUUAAUGAUCAAACGACGGCCGCUAGUAUAUGAUAUGUAUGAUGUUCAUUAAUUUAAAAAAAAAGGUUUUUCAUUCUACAUUGUUUUUC